AUGAAUUCGCUGGUGGUGUUAUUUUCAGUGCUAGCAUUAGCAGCCAGUAAACCCUCGCAUCUCGAGGGUAGCUUAACAUACUCAGUACCAUCUCCAUCUGGUUAUAUUUCACAAUCACGCAUUGAUGUCCAGACAUCACCGUCUUUUGUGGCCAGAGCUGAUUUUGCGCCAGUUUCUCGUACUUUUGUAAGCGGACCAGUUCCUGCAGCCGUGGGCGCUGCCGCGGCCUAUACACAAGAAUCCAGAGUCGACAUUAAAUCAUCGCCUGCCGUAGUCAAGACCGUAGAGACCUCACCAGUGGCUUACAGUGCACCAAUUGCCGUCACAGCUGCCGUCGCGGGCCCUGCUGCGUUCUCACAACAAUCUCGUGUAGAUAUUAAGAGUGCACCUGCUCUGUCCGCUCCUGUUGCGAUUGAAGGCUAUGGAGCUACUCCUUUGGUAUAUAAUGCUCAAGCUGAUGUGGCUUCCCGUGUAGCUAUUUCAGCACCAGUAGCAUCUUCUUACCAGUCACGUGUCGAUGUGAAAACUUCACCUGCAGUUGUAAGCACGAUUAAAACAGCACCUAUUACUGCAACUCCUGCAGCAUCGUCUUAUCAAUCACGUGUUGAAGUAAAAUCCUCCCCCGCCAUCAUCCGUAAUUUUGAAGCAACUCCAGUAGCUUACGGAGCUUCUUUUACCUACCCAGCUGCUUUUGCUGUCGCAGCUCCUGCAUCGUACCAAUCUCGUGUUGAAUAUAAAUCGUCUCCUACCAUUGUCAAAACUGUUGCAACAGGUCCCAUUGCGUAUGGAGCGGUAGCAGCUUCAGCCGCCGUUGCAACUCCUGUUUCCAUCUCAAAAGAGUCCCGUGUUGACAUUAAAUCUUCUCCCGCUAUUGUCAGUGCCAUAUCAACUGCGCCAGUUUUAUACAGAACCAGCGAAUACAGAGCACCAUAUGCCUCAUACGAUACCCGUUUUGAUGCUGGAUACGGAUCAGGCAUUGCUUCUCAGACAUUCAUCAGAAGUGACAACAUUGCGCGCGGUGCUAUUGUUGCACCAGCUUACACCACAUCAGCGAUCGCAACACCAGCUGUGCCUCUUGAUACACCUGAAGUAGCCGCUGCCCGAGCUGCACAUUUUGAGGCCAAGGCCUUAGCUGAAGGACAUCGUAUUCGCAAACGUUCUGCAGCUUUAUAUGGAGCCGCCCCUGUUGUAUCGACUUAUUCAGCACCAUUGAUCUCCGCCUACUAUGCUUCCCCAUUCACCUAUUCAUCGCCCGUGUCUUGGUCAACUCCGUUCAUCACAAACAAAAAAAUGUACAAGCUGGUGUCGUUGUGCUUCGUGCUGGCUCUCGCGGCAGCCAAGCCUGGAUACGUGGUGCCUUUAACGUAUACUGCUGUGCCAGCUGUCAGUUCUGUGUCUCAAUACAGUACGAGCGUGGUUCAUGGAUCGUCAUUGAUCGCACCAACUGUAUACGGUACUCCAUAUGUUGCUUCAGCUGUUGUACCCGUUGGCGUUCAUUCUUGGUAA